GUUACUGAUCCUUUUUAUACUUAUUGUUAAACGAGCUCUUGUUAUUAUUACAUUUUCUUCAAUCGGAAAAAUGUCUACCCAAAUGCAAUUUGGAGGGAUGAAUCAGCAAUUAGGACAAGCUGCAGCCACCUCACUGUUUAGGUAUAGAACCACAGCUUAUAAAGUUGGGUUGCUUCUCUUACUGGCAUCUUUUGGUUUGUUUAUUCUCGGAUACUCUACUCAUCACUGGGUCACCUUCAGAGAGCGCUUCAGUGAUUACGGUAUUUCAGUAGGAUUGUGGAAUGGAUUCCAUCAUUUUGGGAAUUAUGGUUUCAUGGUGGCCAUGAUCAUUUUCUCAAUACAUUUGGCUGGCUACUUUGUCUGCAUUGGAGUCACCCUAUUUGAAAACUUAAGAAAAGUUAACCCCUUGAUGUAUUACAGUAGGAGGCUGGAGAUCUGUAUCCUUAUUACAGCUAUUUUAGGUACAGCUGGGCUAAUAGCAUUUGUUCUGGUGAUCGGGAUUGGUGGCAGAGAUUACAGGUAUAACUGGUCCAUGAUCCUGACAUCUCUUACAGUCAGUGGACUUUAUGUCACAUUAUUUUUGAUCAUUGUGGGGAACAAGAAACCACCAGCACUGCAGCCUUUAGGUAUAUAUACAGGAGCACCUACCAGUAUUACCUAUAGCACACAACCAGUUCACAGCUCCACCAUAAUACAAGCCCACGGACCGCAUGUUGUCUACCAGUACGGACCACACAGUCAACCUCUGCUGAGCCCCCAGCCAACUUAUGCCUAUCCACCACCGCCUCCUCCAUAUUCUUACCCUCCUACCUACCCCAUGUAUACCACAACUCAAUAUCAGCCUGUCCAGCAGUAUGAUUUCCACAGCGCCGCACCGCCACAAAGCAGUGCAGCAAUGCAGGCUAGUGCACCACCUAUGGAAGACAAUACCCAGCAAGGAAAUGUUCUUGGCUCUAAGCAUAAUGAAGUUCCUUGAAUUUUUUUUUAUACCGUUCUUCAUUGUAUCUGAAAUAAUGCUUCAGUGCUUUCAUUAAAACUGUAGAACUAGACUAGACAAAAUUAUAACAUCUGAUUAAAAAUUGUGUAAUUUUACAUGGGUGAAAUGUAUAAGUCAGCAUUACACCCAUAAAUUAUUACUUCUCUCAGAUGUUUGAGUUUCAAUAAUGUAAAGACAAUGGGACAGUUGAUGGCCACGGUGAGACAAUUGAUGGCCAGAAAUAAUAUAACUUCUCGGAAAAAAGUGGGUACAUAGUUUAGGCUCUCAUUGCUGAAUAAAAAAUGCUUAUGUAUUACCUGUAUUGUUAUUGUUAUAGCAAUUCAUUGUAAACAAAAGCUUUAAAGUGUAAGCUGUCUUCACUGUAAAAAGUGUGAUCAUUUUUUUGCCUGCUGUGUUGUGGCGAUACAGUUUAGUUGACAACCUAUUUGGUAAUCAAAAGCUUUUAAAGGCCAAACAUAAUUGCUGGUGCUACUACACACGUAAGGACCAAAGAUACUUGCCACUAUUACACACUUAAUCUCCACAUAUUUGUUGUUGUGAUUUUAUGUCUUUCAUAUUUCUUUUAUCCAAUGAGAUUUUCGCUUCAGUACCCAGCCAGUACAAAUUGUAAAAUAAAGAUGGUUGCUCCAUGUAAGCUUCCAAUUUGAUGUAAUGUUCGGUACAACACUAAUUUAAAAUAAACUUUCAUCCAAAUAAUGGUGUUGCUU